CUCUAACCCACCUACCCCUCCCUGGCGAUAAGUAUGUUUAGGUUGCGCAGUACACAGUACGCAUGUACGUGUCGAAACCGUAGCUUCUUCGUCUUCCGGUAAUUCGGGCGAAGAAGAUCAAAGAUGAGUUCUUCUUUAGGGCUUUUUCUAGGUGGAAUUUUCGCUCUUGUGGUCGCUGGAUACAUUGCUCAAAGUCGUCUCCCUCCUCCCAAACCUAAAGUAAUCGGCAUAGACUUGGGAACGACAUUUUCUUGUGUAGGAGUCUACCAAGCAAUAACAGGACAUGUUGACAUCUUGGCUAACGAGAAUGGCAGUAAAGUUAUCCCUAGCGUUGUUGCUUUCACGAAAAAUGGUGUUCUUGUGGGUAGAAGAGCCUUGGAUCAAGCUGAGCUGAAUCCAGAAUCGACUAUCUACGACGCAAAGCGCUUUAUUGGAAAGAAGUUUUCGAAAGAAGACUUACAAAAGUUGUCUUCCCUGUACCAGUUUAAAAUUACUUCCGAUGAAAAGAACAAUCCGAUGUUCGUCGUUGAAACUCAUGGCAACCAGACGUUAGUUUCACCAGAAGAAAUUGGUGCUUCUAUAUUAAAGGAAUUAAAACGAACCGCUGAAAAAAACAUCAGUAGAUCAGUCAAUCAGGCCGUUAUGUCGGUUCCAGCAGAGUUCGACAUGGCGCAGAGAAAUGCGACGAUAAAGGCUGCUGCUCUCGCUGGGAUCAAAGUUGUCCGUCUCAUAAACGAGCCCACAGCGGCAGCAAUGGCUUACGGUCUUCACAAGAAAGAAGGAGUCUCGAAUGUUAUGGUGGUCGACCUGGGUGGCGGUACUUUAGAUGUAUCCUUGUUGAACAUUCAAGGUGGGAUGUUCGUAACUAUGGCCAUGGCAGGGAAUAACAGGUUGGGAGGGCAAGACUUUAAUAUAAGACUCAUGUCUUAUCUGCUGGCAGUUAUAAACAACAGGUUUGGUGAAGAAUUGACAAAUGCUGAAGACAUACAGCGUCUCCGGCAGGAGGUUGAAUCAACAAAAAUAAAUUUGACGUCAGAGGAAGCUGUAGUGGUGAGGUUGCCUCUGUCCUCCUUGAAUCAAGGGAAGAAACUUGCUAUAUUUGAAGAAAAGGUCUCACGAUUAACUUUUGAAAAGUUGAAUGAAGACUUGUUUCAAAAAGUUCUAGAACCUGUUGAAAGGGUUUUAAAAGAAGUUGACCUUCCUAAGGUGGAAGUUGACGAAGUAGUGCUUGUCGGAGGAUCCACCAGGAUACCAAGGGUACGUGAGCUCAUUGCAAAGUACUUCAAUGGGAAGAAACCCAAUGUUUCUAUAGACCCAGAGCUUGCCGUAGCCACAGGAGUAGCAAUACAGGCAGGCAUCAUUGGUGGCAUGUGGCCACUUCAGGUGUCGGCCCUAGAACUGCCAAAUCACAACCUCAAAAAGAUUCAGAUUAACUCUUAAUUUAAAUAUAUAAAAAUGUAUUUAAGCUAGUAAUUUAUAUUAAACAAUAUUAUUAGAUUAUGAGCUCUAGAUUUCUAUCUGUUAGUUGAGGAGGGUGCAGCCUGAGUCAUCUGUCGUGCAUAGAAAUCGAGAUUGAAUAAUCUAAUUGAUACAGUAUAAAUCUACUAGUUGUUCAAAAUUUUGAGAACAAUCCUCUUCACAGACCCUUCAAAAACACAAAGCGGCUACCAUCAGAUUUUGGGUGCUUACCAUUUACAGAAACCAUCCGGUUGGAAAUUUCAGGCAAAAACAUUAAACUGUUGAAUGCCACAUUGCGAGAGAAGGAAUCGCUAUAAAGUAUAUCCAUAUCAGCUAGAGAGACUUAAAAGAGCAGAAAAAUAGCAUCAACUCAAAUC